AUGUCGUUUCGUGAAUGGCCAAUUACUGAUGUCUUUUAUGUCAACCUUUCUCUCUACCUGGAUGCUCCUGCCUACCUCCAGCAGGUAUCGCAGUGGGAAGAGCGGGAGGCCCGGCUCCACCUCCUGGAGGACAGACUGUCCUAUUUGCGGCUCCAGCUGAGGAACGCUCACGCAGAGCUCAACGCCAUGAAGGAAGAGGCUGAGAAGAGCAAGCGGCGGCAGGAGAUGCCUCCGUGGACUGCCACUGAACGCCUCGCUCUCCUCCCCGCGCAGGCCAUCUUGUCCGAGAAGGAUCGGGAGCUCUUGAGGUUGCGUGCGACCAUCUCUGCUUUAGAGGCUGAGCUGUGUGACAUGGAAAGGCUGCAGGGGGAAUACAAGCACCAGCUGGAGAGGCAGCAGGAUGAGGCCUUGCGAGAGAAGGAGAAAGAAUUAUUGCAAUUGCGGGAGGCGCUGGAGUGUGAAAAGCAACAAGUACUGCAAGAGGUGCAGAGCACUCUGCUUCAGGAGAGAAAGAAGUGGGAAGCAGAAGCGAGGGCUGCCCUCCAGAUGCAGCGGGAGGCUCUGCUAGAGAAGGACCGGAGGAUGCAGGCUGACCUCCGGGUAGCCCUGGAGGAAGAGAGGAAAACUGCCCUUGCUUUGCGGGACGAAACAGCCAACCUCCACGCGCGGAUCCAGGAGUUGGAGAGCCAGGCCCGUUUGUUCCAGGCAGAGAAGAGGGUGGCGGUGGAAGAACUCCGGGAGCAGCUACAGAAGGAGAAAGAACAGGCCCUGAGACACCUCCGGGAUGACCUGGAACAGGAAAGGGUGCAAGACAUGGAGCGGAUGAGAGCGAAGCUGCAAGAGGCCGAGGAACAGCAGGGGAUUCUACGGGCCGAGGAGAGAAAGUCCGGCGCUGAAUGGGCAGAACGCUCGCUGGCCAUGGAGGUCGCCUCCAUGGCCCGGCAACUCCAGGACCUGCUUCCCCGGAAGGCUGGCAGGCUUAGCUUCUCCCAGGGGCCACACAGGAGUCCGGCUGUCUUCUCCUCUGGCCACACGCUCCGGGCCGUGCGGGAAAUUUGCCAAGACACGCAGCGCUACCUCCAGGAGCUGAGACACGAGGCAGAGAUGCAGAAGCACGAAAUCCUUCCGGUCCAGAAGGAGAAGGGCUGUUACCCCCACCUGCGCUCUUCCUGCGCCAGACAGCUAAAUGGAACAUCUUUCUCUAGCCAGGGCAGUUUUAGCACCCAAAAACUCUUGCGUCUCCUGCAGGGCCAGAUCCGAGAGCUGCGGGCAGAGAAGGCUGGGUACCACGGAGGCAGCCCGGACCACCUCAGCGUGUUCCGGGAGGAUCUGGCCAACACAGACACAGAAGCAAAGUAA